AUGGCCACCAGAUCGCAUCCCAAGUUUUCGUUUUUUGACUAUGCAAAGAAUUACAUUGAAUUGUUCAUCAAGGUUUGUAGAAAACAGCGCAUUCUUUCAAAAAAGGCCAAUUUUAGGGUCGGACGAGAACCGACGGACGAAUGAUGCCUUUGGGCAGGGAGAACGACCGCUAUUUUCUGGCGACAACGCAAGGAGUGUUCCCUGAAAACUUUAAGGUAUUCAAAGAACUCUUAUUCGCAAAAAACCAUGAGAAAUUGCAGUUAAUGAUGGAAAAAGUGCCUCAGCUGGUGCUGGACGAGCUCAAAUACCUUCCGUACCCGUACGGAUGUCACUCCCUGCACACGACCAUUCUCGACGCGUUCCGAGCCCUUCUGAUGAACAGAGCACAGACCGGAAUCGACGGAUACGGCAGCGGAAGGGCUCCGAUGCACACGGAGCAAGUGAUGGUCAUCGCGCUGACCGACGGAAGCGGAGUCGCUGCGAUCCCCUCUGAUUUCAGAGUAAGAAUUGCAUUUUUGCUUUUUUAUAUUUCGUUUUCAGCUCUUUUUCGAUCCGCCGAUUCUGGGAAGUGAGUACACGAAAGAGGCGUACCGAUGGGACCAGAAACUGUACACUAUUGUGAGUCUCGAGUCUCAUACCUCCGCAGAAACUCAUCAAAUCUCCAGGUGUUCCGUAUUCCAUCGACUCCGUACCGCCCGACGAACUCCCAAUUGGUGCAGAUCGACAUCGACCAUCCGAACAUCGAGAGAUUGUGCGCUCUUACGGGCGGUCGCAGCUACUCGAUCGUCUCGGUCCGUCAGAUACAGACGUCCAUCGACCAGAUACUCUUGAUCGCGUGUCAACAUCGCAUUGGAGUCCGAUUCGAUUGUGUGCCGCCCAUACGUACGUAUUUUGCUAGCACUUUGCACGAUCAGUAUAGGUUUGGAGCCUUGAAAGUUUGUUUCAACCCGAUUGGAUCAUCUUGUCUUGAGAAAUAUAGAUUUGAACUCGAAAAGCUCUUUUUUUUUGGGUCUAAAUUCCUCAAAAAAGCAAGAGCAGUCUAACCGCCGUCAAGACUUUACAGCCGGCCGAAUUCCCGCAGAAGAAAGCAACAAAAUGCGGAUAAAAAUCAAGAGAGUGGUCGAGAAAAGGCCCGUCACGAAUCUGAUUUCAAGAGUGAAUCCGCAAGGCCGGCCCGUCAACUGCCACUGGCCCAUUCCCGAAAACUUCUUCCCGAUGCGAAAUCAGUGAGAAUCUAGUUAAUCUCUUCCAUUUCCUUUCAAAUUCACAAUUGCAGAGAUAACCUGCCGCCUCGUACCGCCCAUCCCGUCAUUCUUAUGGCUCCGGAAGCGCUUCCGAUUCCGGUGAGUCGAAGUUGAUGGAUUGUCCGAACAUUAUUGGUUUUCAGAUCCGAAACGAGCUUCCUGUCGACAAAUUAGAGCUCGAACCGGGGCCGAUCGGUGAGCUUGUGAUGGAAAUGUUGCAGGGGCGGAAGGACUGGACAGUUUGGGUCAGAAUUUAUAAGUAAUGAACGUGAAAAGUGAUCCUAGAUGUUUGCAGACGUACAUGGAAGGUGCCUCUCACGGCCCGACCUCUCCGUUCGGAUGUCUCCGUCUCAACGCCUCCGGCCUGGGCGUCUCCCUGCUCCUGCUCCCCUACAACUUCCCUCUUCUCUAUCCGCUCAUCGAGGAUCUCGUCCGAGAGCCAAUCCUGACGACGUCGCAAGUUUGGAGGGCCAAGAUCGAGCAGUACAUCCAGACGGUCCCCUACUACUACUUCAGUGUACGUUCCCUUUUAAAAGCGGCACAAACGGGCCAAGUUUUCAGUCCCUGAGACAUGCAAUGGAUAAGCUGAAAGUGAAAUUGGACAUUUCUUCGUCGAUGAGUUCAACGUACGCCCCGCAACUGCUCAGCCACCUGAAUCGCCUCAAAAUCAAGGCAAAAGAAGACUGGGACUCGUCGGCGUUGGUGGCCAAACUGACGGAAUCGAGGUGUCCGCGGGAUCCGAACAGAAGCGGAGAGCUCCCGCCGGUAGGAUCCGUGCUCGGUCCGGCCCCCCAUUUCAACGCUUCCGUUUCAGGUGUCGAUCCGAAUCGAACGGAUCACAUCGCGGACGUGCAUGGUCGGAUUGAAAGGCGACGACGAUCGCGACGAACGCGACAAACACCUCGAGAAAAUGGACUAUCCGCCCAUUUACUCCGGCGACUAUUCGGUAGGCGCACGGCUGUUGGAGCGUGCUAAUCGGGCGCCGAGGAUAUUACAGAUUCCGCUGUACCCUCCGAAAGUGAACGACGCCGAACGGGAUUCGGCCUACAAGACGCCGCAUUGCGGAUCUGUCGAGGAUAUGGUCGGAAAGUUGAACAGGUUCGGAUUGGGAGGAUUGAGGAACUCAAGAGCAUCCAAUUGACAAAAAAUAUUCCAGAAUCCAAGCGAAUCUAGAAUUGAUGUUCGAUCCGGGACGAGUCACUCUUCUGGAUAUGGCCAAAUUGGGAACGCGCGUACAGUUCAGCACUUUAGAGGAACUCCACAACAUGACGAUGAAAUCGAUGGGAGAAUACGAAGGAUAUCAGGCGGCGAGAGUGCGGCACUACGGACAGCCGUUCAAGAAAAUCGAGGAGGAGAAGGAGAGAUCGCACGCGUUCGGAAAUCCGUAUAAAUUGAAGGGACUGGGAGCCGGAAUCGAUGAGGUAGGAGGGAGAAAAAGAGAGAAAAAGAUCAUUCAGCCGAUGUUUUCAGGUGAUGGACAGUGCAAUCGUGGAGGGAAAUUCGAAGAACGAGGCAAAACGGUUCGGGGACAGCAGCCGGAACCAGUGGGGCGGACCGCCGAAGAGACGAAGGGGGCCGCUCGGCAUCGACGCGUUCGACAAGUGGAGAACGAGACGGUCGACGUGCGGAUCCAGCGCCCCUUCGGACAUUUCUGAGGACAUCUCCUCCGUCCUCUCCGAUCUUGCGGAAAACGAACCGAGCACUUCCACUUCCACUCGCACUCCUACUCCUGCAGCUGCGAGCACUCCGAUCCGCGAGUUUGAGGGAAUGAAAGUGGAAUCGACGGAACGGGUGAGAGCGAAGGAACCACCGGUUAAGCCGGUCAAAGAGAAAUCGGUGGAGGUGAUCCGACAGAAGACCGCCGAGUCUUAUGUUCAAAAAGGGCGGACGGAGAAGUCGGAAAAGCUGUCGAGUCAGGAAAUGAUGACCCGCAAGAUCCGGAUCGGGACGAUCGUUCGCAAACCUGCCAAUCGUACGUUUCAAUCAAUGGGCCUGGACAUUUGACCCACUUUCAAUUAUUGGAUCAAACCCAGGCUUUUUGGAUUUGAAUUGAAGUGCCUUGGACCCAAGUUUCAGGCCGGUCGUGUCGUUUACUCAGGAGAUAUGUGGGAUAUCCGCAUAUCUCCGGACCAGAUUAUCCGAUUGGGGGGUCUGAAACUUGGGUCCAAGACACUUCAAUUCAAAUCCAAAAAGUCUGCAAACUUUGGGUCCGAUUGGAUAGGCCCAGCCCUUAACAAAAACCAACAACUGCUUCAUUUCAGACCGUGCCUACGAGGAAAUCCAGUCAGUGGUGGCGGGCACUUCCGAAGAAUGCUCUCAGAUUCUCAUCCGGCACGCCAUCCGCGAAACGAUGAGAUUCAAGCUGAAAGAAUUGACGAAAAAGCUCGAAAAACACCUUUCCCAAAUCUGA